GGCUGAGUCGACCACUAACACACAUACAUAUAUACACAUACGUACUUACCCUAAUACGUAUAAAUGUUUUGGUUACAUAUCAGGACAAGCAUGGACAACCAAUCGGAUGUCGAGGCUCCUAGGCUGCUCUGCGUCAACUCGUACAACAACCUCAGCUGCUCGAGCCCUCGCCUGCCCGCGCCGCAGCGCACUCUCGCUCUGGUGGUGCUCAUCUCGUUCAGCGCCUGCACCGUCGUGGGCAACUCGCUCAUCGUCCUCUCCAUCCUCUACUUCCGGCAGCUGCAGACGCGCACCAACGCCUUCACGCUCUCCCUCGCCCUCGCUGACAUGCUAGUGGGCCUGCUGGUGAUGCCCUACAGCAUGAUGCGCGCCGUCUACAGCUGCUGGUUCUACGGCAGCUUAUUCUGCAAGGUGCACACGUGGUUCGACUUCACGUUCACGUCGUCGUCCGUCAUCCACCUCAGCUGCAUUUCCAUCGACCGCUACAUCGCCGUCAGCGACCCGCUGCGAUACCCGAAGCGGCUCGGGCCGUCGAAGGUAGCGCUGAUGCUGGUGGUCUGCUGGAGCACCACACUGGCCUACGGGCUGCCGUUCUUCUCCGGCUGGACCGUGCUCGGGAUCGAGCAGGUGAUCGCGCGGGGCUCGUGCCGGGACGCGUGCCCGGUGGUGGGCAACAUGGCCUUCGCCUUCACGAACGCCUUCUUCGCCUACCUCAUCCCGCUCUGCAUCAUGGUCACCUCCUACGCCAAGAUAUUCCGCAUUGCCCGCGAGCAGGUGAACAAGAUCCGCGCCAACAGCGCGCACGUCCCCGGGGUCGAGUUCUCCUCAUCCUCCACCCGCCAGCAGUGGGCGGCGAUGAGGCGCGAGCACAACGCCACGAAGACACUCGGAAUCAUCAUGGGAGUCUUCCUGAUCUUCUGGUUGCCCUAUUGCUCCGUGGCGGUGAUCGACCCAAUAAUUGGCUACCAGACGAGCGCCACGAGCUGGGACGUGGCCAACUGGAUCGCGUACGUGAACUCGGCCAUAAACCCCGUGCUCUUCGCCUCUUUCAACCGUUCCUUCCGCGGUGCCUUCCGGCUCAUCUUCACCUGCCGGGUCUCCUCGUCCACCUACCGGAACGCCGAUCUGUUCAACCUGAAAGACUCGGCCAAUUGAACAGACACGUCCCUGCUGAGUGGAGGAGUUAUUUUGUUCCACAAGCAUAACAGCCGCGUUCUAUUGGGGCAGUCACCAGUGAUAUUACGCCUGCUUGAGUGAGCGAGUGAGUGAGCGAUGGGUGAGUGAUCGAGCGAGUGAUAUUCUGCCUAAUUAUCUUGAACCUCCUCACCAGCGCGUCCGCAGUCUGGGGGAGUCCCUGAUCAUUCUAUUGAUGGAGGGGUGCGCAAUGGGUGAGCGAGCGAAUGAACAAUGGGUGAGUGAGCUAACGAGCGAGUGAUAUUUUGCCUUAUUGUCUUAUCUUAUCUUAAAUAAAUGUAUAUGGCGCAUGCAAGGCGUUUUAACAAAUAAUUAACAACGGUACAUAUGGAUGUAUUGGUGGAGAUGAGGUGGAUGAAAUAUAUGAGAGGAAGGAAUGGGCAAAUCUGUGAUGCGUGAAUUUGGUGAAAGCGAAAUUGAUGACAGUAAAUGAUGAUGAAUGGAUUGAAUGAAUGAGGAAUGAGUGAUAGCCAUAUAAUGAGAAUAUUAAGAGGAGAAAAUAACGGUGGUGGUCUCAUAUGAGGCGGAUAUUAAGGAAGGGUCGUCCGCGGGAGGGUGAGCGAGGGAAAAUUAGUGAGUUCUGAGUGUGGAGCGGAAACUAGUGAGCGAAGGUGACUGUUAAUGUGGAGGGAAAGUUUGUUCCUGUGAAGUGGGGCGUGGAUUGAGCACAAGGAGAAGGAGGGACAGAGAGAGAGAGAGCAAGGAUUGAGAACGUAGAGGGCGAGAAGGCACGUAGAAAGAUACAAGCGUGGCAAGGUAUUGUGGUGCAAGUCCAUGAAGGGAUUUGUCGGCAUUUGAACAGGCAGCAGUCGUAGACAUGGAGCCAGUGCAGUUGCACGAGAAGGGUCGAGGUAUGGGAAUUAUAGGGAAGGUUGAAUAUUAUCUUGCACCUCCUCACCAGUGCAUUCGCUGGGUGAGUGAGUGAUCGAUGGGGGAGUGAGUUAGCGAGCGAGUAAUAUUCGGCCUGAUUGUCUUGCAUCUUCUAGAUUUGAAGUUUUCGUGACUGCAAGGAUCCAUACGCUUUGGUUCUUUCGGUACAGUCACGUAGGUAA